CAAAUGGAACUUGGCCUUCUUCCUAUGUGCUCUCGAUGGGAUGCUGUCAAAGAGAGACUUCCCAGUUUUUGAACACCACUGUUCUUACCUUCUGGCCCUCCACCCCACGCACACACAAAGAGAGAGAGCUGCAGGAUCCCAGGAAACCAUGUUCCCUCUCCGUGUACCCCUGCUGGCCAUAUUAGUCAGCGUGGUGCUGUGUCAGUAUGAUUACGACUACCCGCCUGUUUCCAUGCUAGGACCCUCUGGGCCUAACUGUAAUCAAGAAUGCGACUGCCCGAUAAGCUUCCCCAGUGCCAUGUAUUGUGACAGCCGCAAGCUCAAGUUUGUCCCUAUUGUCCCAACAGGGAUCAAGUACUUGUACCUCCAGAACAACCAAAUACAGGAGAUCAAAGCAGGUGUGUUUGAUAAUGUAACUGACACGCUUCGCUGGCUGAUUCUUGACCAUAACCAAAUCACCAAUGGCAAGAUAGAAAAGGGUACAAUUGACAAACUCACAGCCCUAGAGAAGCUCUUCUUUAGCUACAACGACCUGACAGAGCCAAUCAUCCCGCCCUCAAAGUCCCUCGAUGAGCUGAAGAUGAUGCACAACAAGUUGUCCAAGUUCCCCUCUGGUCUCCUGACUGACAAGGAGAAUCUGACCUCUGUCAACGUUCAGUUCAAUCAGCUGACAUCAGAUGCCAUCUCCGGUGCAUUCAAGGGCCCAAAGAAGAUGCUGUCCCUAGACGUGAGCCACAACAAGCUGAAGAAGCUUCCAGCUGGAGUCCCGAGUUCUCUGGAAAUCCUCUAUGCUGACUUCAACGAUAUUGAUUCUGUCGGCGCAGGAUACUUGAACAAGCUGCCCUCUCUGCAGUACCUUAGAAUCUCCAACAACAAGCUGGUUGACUCGGGACUCCCUGCUGGAGUAUUCAAUGUAACAUCACUGGUGGAGCUGGACCUGUCUUUCAACAAACUGCAGUCCAUCCCUGAGAUCAACGAGCAGCUGGAACAACUCUACCUCCAGGCCAACGAGAUCAACAAGUUUGACCUGGGAAGUCUCUGCAAGUUCGUGGGACCCCUCAACUAUUCCCACCUGAAACAUCUGCGCCUGGACGCCAACAACAUCACACACAGCAGCAUGCCUCCUGAAUCCUCCAACUGCCUGCGCCAAGCUUCAAAUAUCAUGUUUGAAUAAGGAACUCCCAUAAUUCAGCGACCUGUCUGGGGCCCUGAUUUUCACUACCAUGGCAGCUCAUCACACUGCCUUCUGGAUUUAAUAUAGUACCCCUCCUUUUAAAGUACUCACAUUUUCUCACACAUAAACAAGUCUGGGGUACUAUAAUGGCACCUUCAUCAAUUAGAAAAUACAGGCAGAGCUGUGCUAAUGUAAGAUACACUAGAUAACAAUUUGGCUUUUUUUAAAAUUUGCAACACAUUUUGCACAACAUGAAACUAGACACACUACAUACAAUCAAGUAUGAAUAAACAUCAUCAGUGUUGGAAGAAACCUGAAGGCAAAAAAAAAUAAUAAUAAUGUAAAAAAGCUACCAAUGUUAUAUGAAGAAUGAAUCUAUGUUGAAAACACACACUUAAACAUUCCAAACUCUCAUUUAAUUACAUUGAAUACAGACACAAUGGAGUAAACAAAGGCUCCAUGGUCUCAAUUCAAUUGUAGUGUUCUUUUGUUGUCUGUCUUGUGUGUUUUGCUAAUUAUGUGAGUACAAUUAUUAAUCCAUUGCUGUGCAAGGGACCAGCAAAUGACUGCAUACUCACAUUUCAGUGUAUUAUGUGAGAAAUUUUGAACAAAUGUAAGAAAAAAGCAGUUACAGAGAAGUGAUAUUUUUUUGACUGAAUCAAAAAAGUUUUAAAGAAAAUACCAAAGUUAUUUAUUCAUGAGUGCAAUUUGUUUCAGAAAACAUAUGGCCCCUUUGAUUGACUUCCUUGAUCCAUGUAAAAAUAUAUUAACCCAACUAAACUGAAAAGUUUCUUGAGUCAAACUAGGACUUGAUUAUUUCCAAAGUUCUUGAUGGUAAUAUGAGAGAUAAAUGACACAUGGUUAAAAGGCAUUGGUAUUAUCAUUAAAACGACUUUGCUCAGUAAGCUUGAGCUUUUGAAGUUUUUUCUUGAAAUCACAAGUCAAAUUGUUCUUUACGUCUCGGCUGUCCACUGUCAAGCUCUUUUCUGAUUUGUAUUCAGCAUCUACAUUACUUACUUGCAUGCAACCAAUGGUACCAUUCCUUGAUAAUAAACUACAGCUUUUGCAGUUAAGGCGCUUUCAUUGUUACGUUGUUGUUUGACAUGUUUGAUACAUGCUUCCUACCAAAAAACAAGUCUACUUGGCGGCAGUGUUGGAUUAUGUCAAUAGAAUAUCACAUUUUGUUCAGGUAAUUUUGCAUUUUAUUGCGAUUUCUUUUGUGGCCUUUGACUCAGUAACUGCUCUUGGAUUUGCUUUGGGGAAAUCAAACACAGUUGAAUAAACUAUGUUUCCAACA